AUGGCAGUGGUGAGGCUGCUCCAGAAUGAGUUCGCGCAGGUGGAGGAGGAGCUGGGCAAGGUCACUGAGCAGGAUACCCAGCGGGUUGCACGAGCGACCCUCCUGUAUGCUCAGAUCGCGUUCGCCAGGUCCAUCUUGUCCUUGGACACAGGGGAUGCAGAGGAGGCCCUGACGAGAUGCUGGGAUGCCGACAAGCAAGUCAACGACAUGACGAGCGCGUCAGGCGUGUUUGGUUCGCUCCUGGGCAUGGUGGGCACAGACAAGGGAGGCGUGGAUCACGAUGAGGAGCUGAACCGGAUCCUGAUCCGUGCUGAUGCACAUCUGAUGGGUGCGAUGAUGCAGCUGAUACUCGGCCGUUACCUGAGGGCGGGGUGGAACUUCAGGGCGGGGUGGAACUUGUACCAUAAGGCAGCCCAUGGCAUGGAAUCGCAUCCCGACCAAGUAUCCGAUGCGAUCAAGUGCAUCAUCGACUUUGGGAUCGGCAUGUUCAACCUCAUCGUCUCCAUGCUUCCUUCUACGCUGCUCACCAUCGCUGAGCUCGCCGGGUACGACGGGAACAUAGACCAUGCAAAGCUUCGGUUGAAGCGCUCAUACGAGAUGAAUCAGGUAGUGGUAGAGGUUUCCAAGGUGCAGGCUGAUGACAAUCAGGACUGGUCGCCCUUUUCCUGCCUCCUCCUCCUCUUCUACCACACCCAGCUUGUACCCAACAUCGGGUUGGAAGUCUCGCAGGUGUUCAGUGGUUGUGCCCCGCGCAAUCGCUCGGCUGACAAUGUUGCAAUGCAACUUGAUGACCAGAACAAGUCCGAGGUCGAGGAGAUCCUGGGCAGUGAAGUAGCAAGAAAGCAUGAGGGUUCCGCGCUGUUUCAAUGGAUGCGGGGUACCAGCGAAAUGCUGCACCAGAGAAAUCCAACGGAGGGGAUCAGCAUCUUGAACAAGGCUAGGGGGAACGCGCAGGAGCUUCCUGCUCUGCAAACCUACAUCUCGUACGACAUUGCCUGGGCGCAUAUGGAGGCGUUUGAGUGGCAGAGUGCAGCUGAGAGCCUGGAAGCGCUGAUCCAGGCGAACAAGGAUGCACAGUGUUGGAACUCACUGUACUCGUAUCAAGCUGGACUCUGUCUACUACUGAGCAGCUCGGAGGAGAAGGGGAAGAGGAUGCUCGAAGAGGUCGAGAAGCAUCUCGACAACGCCGCUGGCAAGGAGAAACUGCAAGUGUGGGGACCUGAGCGAUACGCACACGAAAUGGCUGGUCGGCUCCUCAAGCGUGCCACGAGGGAGGAGGCAGCAGCAGCCUUCCUAGAGUUGCUCGUUGUCUACGAUCGUAUGCGAUGCCUCUCGGACACACUCCUGCAGCGUGCGUUGGAGAUGGCGACAGCGGGGCAGAAGGAGGGAUGGGAGCGAGCAAGGUCCCUGUCCACCCUCAGUGCCAUACAUCUCUUGUCUGGACGCAUAGACGAGAGUAAGGUUGCCUUCGACGAGCUUGUAUGCAUGGACGACAUAUCUAACGAGGAGAACAUCUCUACAGGACACUACAAGGCCUUUGCUCUCUAUCUUCGUGCAAGGCAUCUCAAGAAGGAAGGGAAGACGAGCGAGUCCAACGAGCUACUGAGGACUGCAGGGACUUUCUCUAACGCACACAUGGGCCAGAUUUUAGCAUUCAAGAUCCAUGCUAUGUGGUAA